CAUGGACGGGAUCACGGUGACAGUAACUGUUGUUCAUACCUCAAUAUCGAAAACUUCGACAGUGACAUACAGAAGAUCAGCUCGCUGAGCCCAGAGAACGGUGGGAUGAAGGGACAUUAUUGGCAAAAAGUACUUUGGGUGUAAAGAGCAAAUACCUCUGGCUUUUAGGGCUGAGGGAAAAAUACGCGUUGGUUCAUAGCCAGCGUCAAUGAUGUCACGGGAUCGAAAUUUCUUCGAGCUUCUUUUUGCAAAAGUCGGUCGCCAACUCAAAAUUGUAGGCUAAAGUAUAGCAUUGUUUCAUUGUGUUCCGGUAUGAUCCCUUUUUGGCUUUCGAGCAACAAGGUAAAAACUUGCAGUAAGUUCAUUUCAUUUGACACUCACACUAUAUUACUGAAUUUGUCCGGCCAUAUUAUUCGAUUGUUUGGUUUACUGUUUGGAGCAUGGUUUGGGACAUAUUUAAUAAUACAGUGCUAGCACCGAACUCUAUAUAUUUAUUCC